AUGUUUGAGUUAAAGAAAACCAUUGACGCCUUAGUCAUACUUGCAGGUAAGGUUUCAAUGUACAAUGCAAAAAUGAACCCGCAAUGUUCAAAAUGUAAAGCAGCAAUGAGGAAAUAUAACUACUCCGUCAAAGAGAUAGAAAGAAUGAGAAACGACUAUGCAGAUUUAAAGAAAGAAGCAGAAAAACCAGCAGAAGAUAAAAUGGACAUGUUAGAAUUUCUGAACAAAAACUAUCCAACAGCAGACGAUUUCCUUCUAUCUGAUGUCAAGAAGAAGUAUAAAGAAACUUUCGGUAUCGUUAAAACAUUUGACAUACUAAAAGAAGAAAUAGAAGCUACGAAAUUGUUUAGGAUUUCAAAUAUACAUCGUACAAUUCAUGUAAAACGCUUGUGA